AUGGCCGAUCAGCUCACCGAUGAUCAGAUCUCCGAGUUUAAGGAAGCUUUCAGCCUUUUCGACAAGGACGGAGAUGGUUGCAUCACAACAAAAGAGCUUGGUACAGUGAUGAGGUCACUGGGACAGAACCCAACAGAAGCAGAGCUUCAAGACAUGAUCAACGAAGUUGACGCUGACGGAAACGGGACCAUAGACUUCCCCGAGUUUCUAAACCUGAUGGCUCGUAAGAUGAAGGACACAGACUCCGAGGAAGAACUCAAAGAAGCUUUCAGGGUUUUCGACAAGGACCAGAACGGUUUCAUCUCUGCUGCGGAGCUGAGACAUGUGAUGACCAAUCUCGGGGAGAAGUUGACUGAUGAAGAGGUCGAUGAGAUGAUCAGAGAAGCUGAUGUUGAUGGAGAUGGUCAGAUCAAUUAUGAAGAGUUUGUCAAAGUUAUGAUGGCAAAGAAAAGACGUAAGAGGAGCAUGGCGGCGAACCGUAGUAGCACGAUUGAACGUAAAGAAGAGAGACGUCGCCGGAAAAGCCAUUGCCGUAUUCUCUGAUCGCCUGGGAUUUCAGUCUCCUCUCUUUAUUUUGCUUUGUGUGUAAAAAUAAGAGAUUUGAACCUCAACCCAAUUAUAACAUUCUAAAUAUAAUCUAUUGAAUGAAAAUUAUAUAUUAACUUUUUUUUAUCACACUCAGCAUACACAAAAGCAAAUUGCUAGUAUUAUUGUAUUAAUGAUGUUAUGAAUGACGCGUUACUGGGUGGGAGGUAAAAUAAUGAGACAAGAA